UCGUAGGCGAUCAAGAGAAUCUCUGCCAUUGUUAUAGCUCUGAGGAUUCAAAUGGAGACCCCAUCAUCAACCAGAAGAGUGACAAGAUCACAGACCUUGGCUUCAAACGCCUCCGCCAUCCCCAAUUCAAAGAAAAGCGAAGAGUCUGAGAAGAAAGGAUCAGAAUUGAGGGCGAGAAAUGGGAAAGUGCAGCAAGAAAGAUCAGCCAUGAUGGACAUCAGCAAUGACUCAUCACCCAUUGUUGGGCUAACAGCGGAGACUCUGGAGACUCCAUUAUCAAGCAUGUCUAAGAAAAUGGUGAACAGUAACAGUCAAAGCAAGCACAGCAAGACUCCUGGCUCAGGAGAGGCUCUGCUGAGGGGCCAAGUUAAAACCUUGUUGCAGAAAGUUGAAGAAGAAGCUGAACUCUCUAAAUUCCCCUUUGACCAAAACCCUUCUAUAACCCCUCAGAUGAUUGAUGGGAAGAAAGAAGAAGAGGUUGAAUCUGAUAAAGGUAUGGUGGUUACUCGGUCACUGUUAUCGGAUUUUUCUACUGAGAAGUCAGAGGCGGCAGAUUCAUCAUCAGACCGCUCAUCCAUUUGGUCAAUUCAGGUGAAUGCAAGUGUGGGGGAUGAGGAUGAAGAUGAGAAAAGCGUUGUUGAUGAUGAUGAAGAUGUAUGCGAUGAUUAUUACGAAGAAGAAGAAGAGGAUGAGUGGGGGAGGGGUGGAGGAUUGAUUGAUGAACUUUGUGAAGGAAUAGGGAAGAUGAGUGUUAAAGCUAAAUUUGCAGGUAAGCACACACGAUUUGUGUACAACAGCGACGGCGAGCUUGAAGGAGUGGAAGAGGAGAGUGCAGCCGCCGGUGGCGCCGCCGCCGCCUUGCAUGGUGCUUUGCAUUUGAAGGGGUUGCCUACGCCAAAAGGAAAACACAUUCGUUUUUCUGAAGAGGAUAACUGAAAUUCAAACUGCUUCAACUUUUUUUUUUUUUUUUUUUCCUAUACGGAUUAUUUGUAUAGGAAAAAGAUUUGCCUUCAUUGAUA